AUUUAUAUAAAACAUUCAAUUGCAGAAAAGGAGUAAUAUAAUAACACAGUAGUUUGAGGACGACAUUAAAUUCGUAUAAUAGUGAUUAUACACAAUAAUAUCAUUCACAACUUUGUACAUACAUUUUAGUCGUAAUUACAAAUAUUUCGAAUAACAUGGUAUACCUCCAUUUCCCUUCAAAUCUAACUGAAGAAGAGUUAAUGCUACAAGCAAAAUAUCAAAAACUUAAAAAAAAGAAAAAAGCUCUCCAAGCCUUGAAAGCUCCGAAGCAAGAACCAGAAAAACCAAUCCUACCUAAACGACCCACUGAAGCUAGGGACGCUCGGGAAAUUGCUAGGAAACUCAUUAAAAGCGGUGCAAUUCCCGCGAUCAAGAGUCCACCGCCGCAACCGCAAAAUGUCACCUUUAAAAGACCCCGAGCAGGAAGAGAAAGAAAACUAAGUGGCUCAACAGGAGUUACUGGUGGUGUAGCAUCAUACCAGCCAUUUAGUGCUUCACAGGAACCUCCACCACCUGAAGAAAAGCCUGCUCCACGAGUCAAAUACUUAUAUGAUUCAUUUGUCACUGCUCGAGAGAAGGAAGAAAAAGGCCCACAUGUCAUUGUGGGAGCUGAAGCUCCUCCUCCUACUGGAAAUAAAAGCAGUACUUUACAAAUUGCUGGCACAGGCAUUACUGAAGAAGUAUUGAGACGCAGACUGGCAUCAUUUGAACCAUUCACAUUUAUACAAGAGCCAGAUGAUGAAAAGGUAUUUGUGACGUUUGACACUCCAGAAAUAGCAAACCAAGGACAAUGCACUUUAGAUGGCUGUGAGGAGGGCUGGCGCAUUACAUUUGCUAAGAAGCCACCGCAACCCAAAGGCUCAUGGACUCCAUCAUCAACACCCCGUAAUCAACCUCCUCCAAAGGAUUUUAAGAGAUCUCUUGUAACAUAUGAUGAUAUAUUCGAAUAAAUAUGUAAUCAAUUA